AAUAUUUUCAAUCUCUUAGUUUAGUUUAUUCCACCAGUGUUACAAAUAAAGUACGCAUAAAAUGUUUUAUAUCAUUGGUUUAGGACUCGGUGAUUGCAAAGACGUUACAGUUAAAGGUUUAGAAAUAAUAAAGAAAUGUGAACGAGUUUAUUUGGAGGCUUACACAUCGAUUCUAACGUGCGGCACCGAAGCUCUUGAAGCUUUUUACGGAAGGAAGCUGAUUGUAGCUGACAGGGAUUUGGUAGAGCAAGGGGCAGAUGAAAUUUUACAAGGAGCAGCAACUGAAGAUGUUGCUUUGCUGGUUGUUGGUGAUCCAUUUGGGGCAACCACUCAUACAGAUUUCAUUUUGAGAGCCAAAGAAAAGGGCAUUCCAUUUCAUGUGGUUCACAACGCUUCCAUUUUAAACGCUAUUGGUUGCUGUGGAUUGCAGUUGUAUAGCUUUGGUGAAACUGUAUCUAUUCCAUAUUGGACAGAUUCUUGGCAACCAGACAGUUUCUAUGAAAAGAUUAUGUCCAACUAUGAGAGAAAAUUGCACACCUUAUGUUUAUUAGAUAUCAAAGUGAAAGAACCAACUUUAGAGAGUUUAACAAAGAAGAAAAUUGAAUAUAUGCCACCUAGGUUCAUGUCAGUUAGUGAAGCUUCUCAACAACUAUUGCAAAUUAUUGAAAGAAAAGGCUGUGGUUUAACGAAAGAUUCGUUUUGCAUUGGUUUGGCUCGCGUUGGUUCGGAAACGCAAGGUAUAGUUGCUUGUUCCUUAGAAAAAAUGUCCAGCUAUGAUUUGGGAGGACCUUUGCAUUCCUUGAUCAUUCCGGGGACCGAGUUACAUCCACUCGAACUUGAAUACAUUGAUCAGUUUAAAGUGUAAUUUGCAAAUACGAAUAAAUAUUUGAAACA